AGUCACCCUUAAACUGUUUCUGUCUUCUGGUUUUUCAGUUUGCAGAGGAAAACAAUCUCAUGUUUUUUGAAACCAGUGCCAAGUCUUCAGGGAAUUUAGAACAGGCGCUGUACGUCAUGUGUAAAUCAGUGUUAGAGGUAGAGCUUAACAAGACGUUGAGGCUAUCCGACAUCAAUAUCAGUAACACGGUACACGAGAGAGGUCUAACGACGCCUACUGAUGGCAACGCCAACAAGUACAAACCCUCCGUGAACCGAGAAGUGGCCUACCAACACACAAAUGGACAUAACAGUAGUGGCUAUGAAGGUCAACUUGGUGAUACAGACAGGAUCAACCUCCUUCAGGACGAGAAACAGCAGACCUCAAACACUUGUUGUAGUGUGAUGUGAUAUACAGAUUGAGGUACCAGGUCUAUUUGACUGAAAACAGGGGCAGAAUUAUACAAAGUUCAGAAUGAUGUACCAUGUUGAUUGUAUUCUAUUAAUUUAUUUUACAACAAAUAUGAAACAAAUGGUCCAAAUGGUAGUGAGCAGGUGGUUUUAAUGUAGAAAGAAACCAGAGUUUCCAAAGUAAACUCAUGUGGUUGGACAUGUGACACUUUAACUUUUCAUAUCAAAACAGGGAAUCAAACCACAGUCGUCUUGUUGUAAGCCAAGUGCACUAUCCACUGCAUACGACCUAGAACUGUACAUUAGAUUGAUUUUUAUGUUAACAGGGUUAAAACAAAAAAUCAGAAAGACAUACUAUGUUGAUUCUAACCUGGGUAGUUUCAGUGGUCUGGGGCUAGCAGAUUUGGUUUGUGUCAAUUUAAUUCUUCUAUAAUUACCGGCUAUCUAAAAAGUGUGAAUGUCGCAGAUGAGAAAAUAUAAUUUUAUUAUAUAUUGAUGUAUAAGAAUGAGAGGUUGAUACUUUUAAUCAGGGACUGUGGUGGCCAUGUGCUUAAGGCAUCUUACAUUUUGAUACCAACAGCCCUCCACCACUGGAUCUCGGGUUCAAGGCCUACGUGAGGCAGUCACUAGGUACUGGAUGCAGGUCAGUUGUUUUUCACCAGGUACUCAGCUUUCCCUCACCAACAAACCUGGCUCGACCUUAAACAAAAUCGAAGAUUCAAAUAUAAACUGUACAUUAUAACUUAUUGUGUCAGUAAGUUUUUGUAAUCUACAAAAAUACUCCAGAGGAGAUAUUGCAGAGUAUUGGAAGAAAAAGAAACUCAUCACAAUUCCAGUCAAAAGAAUCAACAUCAUAUGUUAGAGAAGAGGAAAACUCCAAAACAUUAUGAGACCACUAGUCUAGCUGGAUAGUUCACUUGUCUCAGACUAGCGGGCUACCCUUAUCGUCUAGACCUGAAACAUCAGAAUUGUGACUGUGAAAUGUUGGACUGAUGCAUUCACUUCCCCUACAGCUGUAUUUGGUGUUCAAACAUCAGAUUUGUUACUUGUAAAUCUUGAGCUGAGCCAACAUGGUGUCCACUUGAAUGUCACAAGGUGAUAUCACAAUUUAAGUUUAACAGAGGUGAUCAUUUUUUAUUGAACACCGAUGAACUACCUUUUUGUGUGGGAGGAUUUAGAUUGAUAUUUUGUUGGUGAAAAUGAUUGCAGAAAAUGUCAUGCUUUGAAUGAGUGAAAUAUAGUUUGUGCGAGGACAUUCACAGGGACUUUGAAGUAAUUUUGGUUUAUCAGUGAAAAUAAUGUUUUUUGUAAUGUUUUUGUCAAAUGUAAGUUAUUAUUUAUGAAUUUUGAUUUUGAUUAUUUAUGUUUGUAAAAGUGCCAAAGUUUUAUUUAUCAUGCAUGUAAACAAUACAGAGAGUGAUUUAUUGAGUAUUAUUUCAUAAAUUUCAGGAAAUAUUCAAAAUAUGUAAAUUGCAGGGGAGCAAAAAUGAACCAUUCUAAUAAAAAUCAUUUUUUGUUUUAUGUAUAGCUUUUUGCAUAUCCUGACAAUCAAAACAAUGUAAAAGGAUCUCUAAGGGUGUCUAAUACUUCUAAUAAUUAAGGAGGAAAUAUUUUUUAUUAUCAACCCACUUUUGAAAAUGAUUUCAGGUGGAGAUCUAAAUAUAUUAUAACGGCAGCAUUUCACACAGGAAUUCUAGAAGCAACUUAAAUAGCAUUGCUGAGUAUAUUCAAAGUGUACAGAAUAUCUAUUGAAGUCAGGAUUAUAUACAGGGUUUAGUCAAGUCCAAUAAUUAAGGUAGUACAAUUAUGAUGCAAGGGAGACAAGUCUGUAAAUUAGGUGAAUUUCAAGUUCAGUUUAAGUUAAUUUGCAUAACUUCUAAAAGUUUCAGCAUAUCCAAACAUAUUUCUUUAUUCUUUUUAUACAUAUCUAUUCACUCAAAAAUGUAGUCACAUUAUAUGUAUUACAUGUAUGCAAUGACUUCAUUCACAAAAAAUCUAGUGGGAUGGUGUAUUUAUUUAAUAUUAGCAAAUUUAUAUCCCAUUCCACUUCUAUCACUGUUGGCACUUAAUGCUAACUUUCCAGUUUGCUGUAUUUAAGUGAUGAGAAUUUCAGUUGGAAUACCAGGUAUUUUAAAAGCUCUACAUUAUUUCUGUUAAAAAUUGAGUUCAUU